GUCGCUAUCGAUACCACCUAGAGGCUGAAAACCCCCUCCCCUAAAAAAACUUAAAAGUAGAUCCGAGAUCUUAUUCAAGACAUCCCCUGCACGCCUCACCACCACGAGGGCGUCCGCAACACUCCCCUCGUGAGCUGCAUAUUGCUCAGACUCCCGCGCCUGACUUCGCUCACUGGCACUGCCUCUCUCUCUCUCUCUGUCUCUCUCUUCCCCUAGUGCCUGUAUAAAAUUCAUAUAGUACCAACCGGUCUGCCCCCUUCGUAGAGCGCUCUCUCUUAGCCCAUCAUGUCCAAAACCACGUUGGCAGUCAUCGCAGCAGCAGGCGCAGGAGCCGGAGCCGCAAUAACAGCUACCAUGUUCUCAUUUCGACAACAGCCAGAACGCCAGACGAUAUCGACGAGUUCCUCGACCGUCUCCGCCGGAGCAGGUCUAGCGACAUCGCCUUCCCCGUCAAUCCCCAUCCCGGCCAAGCAGAUCUUCGCGUCUUCUCCCGCCGACGUCCAGCAACAAACGACAACGACAGCCGCGCUCUCGACCUCGGCGCCCGCGGCGCUAGGCGGGCCUCCCGGCACCCUCGUCGACCCCUCGGGCCUCUUCGCGUACGGCUUCCCGGGUCCCGUAGCGGACAUGGCGACGCGGCAGGCGCUGGUCUCCGCGUUCGACCGGCGGCUGCGCAACCCGCACUGGGUGGCCGAGCACAUCACGCCGGAAUCGUUGGCGCUGCGGGACGGCGACCGGAAGCACAACGUCUUCCUCGAGGACGAGGCGGUGCCGGACCGGUUCCGCGCGCGGCUUAAAGACUACUUCCGCUCGGGGUACGACCGGGGCCACCAGGCGCCGGCCGCUGACGCGCAGUGGAGCCAGUCCGCGAUGGACGAGACCUUCUUCCUGACCAACAUGUGCCCGCAGGUCGGCGAGGGCUUCAACCGCGACUACUGGGCCCACUUCGAGGCCUUCUGCCGCAGCCUCACCAAGCGCUACCCGAGCGUCCGCAUCGUCACGGGACCCCUCUACCUGCCGAAGCGCGACCCGGCCGACAACAAGUGGUACGUGCGGUACGAGGUGAUCGGCAACCCGCCCAACGUCGCCGUGCCGACGCACUUCUACAAGGUCAUCUUCGCGGAGGAGAGCGCGGCCGGGGCCGGCAGCGGCAACGUCGCCAUCGGCGCCUUCGUCCUCCCCAACGCGCCCAUCCCCAACGACAAGCCGCUCGCCGACUUCGAGGUCCCCGUCGAGGCCGUCGAGCGCGCCAGCGGCCUCGAGUUCGCCUCGAAGCUGGCCCCCCAGCGCCGCCGCCGCCUGUGCGCCGACACGUCGUGCGCGCUCGUCAUCCGCGACUUCGCCGACCGCCAGAAGGCCUUCGCGAAGCCCGGCAAGAAGUAGGAGGCAAGGAGAGAGGCAGAAGGGCGGUAGCAGAGCAGAGCAGGGGAGGGGAGGCAAGGGAGGAAAAGGGGGGAAUCGAGGAUCAUGCGAGGAGCACAAGUCCGCCGGGACAGUGCGGGGUAGGCUGCACUUCCCUCCUCCCUCUCCUCCUCCUCCCGAUGGCUACGAUCCAAUUCUGGUCCCUACUAUCCGCUACCCCAACAUGUCUCGCGCCACCGCGGGUCGAUCACAUCCCAUCCCCUCGCCUCUGGACGCGCGCAUAUUCCAUUUCACGCACGCACAUACACCCAUUAGAAACGCGCCACGCACGCACACACGCGGACAAGGCAAGCCCGCACCCUUGUUAUUUAUGCACGGGCGCCAGCCAUCGAGAGCACACGCAGGGCAGAAGGUCUUACCCGCGGCCGCGGCACGGAUGGACAGACGGACGACAACGUAGAGAGUGUACAUAGCCAUCCGCGGCAUAGCAUAUAAGUAUCAUCGUCCAUAGCAUAUUCGUGUCUUCCCCUCCUCUGUUGUUGAUUUAGAUAGCAUAGCAUAGCAUAGCAUAGUAACCCCCCCCCCCCCCUAAUGCACCCACGCACGCGUGCACAUAUAUCUACACAUCUAUUUUCAGAC